ACGACUAAGUUUAAACUGAAGAAUAGAUAGAUGUCCUAAGAUGGGCGAAGAAUCGGUCGAUAUAAGCGUUAUAGAAUACUUCAAAACUGGAGAAUCACUGGAUAAGAAGAAGAAAAGGAAGAUUCUUGACUUGUUCAAGUUUUUAGGGGGAGGAGAAAGCCCUACCGAAGCGGUGGAAUUGACCGUCCGUCGAAAUUGGAAUCUUCGCGAAGCACAGCUGAAGGCCGUAUAUGAAAUGGUAAAGCUUGUUGAAAAUCCACCAAGCUUGAAAACUGGAAGUCCUGAGAAAAAACUGGUUCUUAGUGUCCUUAUUAGCUCAAAUCUUCUCAGCUUUGUGGUUAGACUUCUUUGGAUACGUGUUCCUAAUGAGUGCACAGAGAACAGUGAACCUUGGAAUGCAGGAUAUUUUAAUAGCCUGGUAGUCUUGAAACACAUUUUGACUCUUCCUCAAUAUACUCAAACAAACCGAUCACAAAUUACAGAAUUGAAUACUGUAGAAGCUGUGUUGGACUUCUGUGAUGCUGACCUUGAUCUUUUAGCAUGUUAUCCAGCAGUAUGUGCGUUAAAAACUUUGAGUUGUUUGCACCGUGAAACUUGUGACAAAAUCAUCUCAUUAAAUGCACUCCCAAAGCUUGGAAACUUGAUUUCAAAAGAUAAUUGUCAAAAAAUGGUUGUCAAAGCCUAUAGGCGAGGAGUACAGCCAUAUGAAAAACGUGUUUUACGUGAUCGAUAUGAUCAGUCUGAAGAAAACUUCAAAGAUUUCACCGUUCCUUCCAUUGCUGAUAGAGAAUUGAAUGUUUUACGAUCCUGGAGCUGGAAAAUGCAGAUGUCAGCUUCUAUAGUAAUUCUACAGGUUGCAGAACAGAGUGAUAAAUACAGAAAACUUGUUUAUAAAGAUAAAACAAUAUUAAAGGCCUUAUUAAAACGGUUUAAAACUCCUGCAAUAACUGCAAAUGACUGCAACAUGAGUGCAAUGAGCAUGAAGGUUGUUGGCAUGUUGGGCCUGAGUGAGGAGUUAUGUUGGCAGUUGAUGGAUGUGAAUGGUAUCAUUAGAUACCUGGAAGAUGGAAUCCUUUUGCCUGACAAUGGACCACUAAAUUCAUAUUUGGAGACAAUACUGCAGAUGUCCACACACAGUGGUCGCUGUAGAAACAGAUUACUGGAGAGUGAGGAAAUUAUCCAUGCACUUGGAAGAUACAUGUUCUCUUUCCACAAGGAGAUUGAAGGCCCAGCCCUACGUACCAUUGCAAACCUGGCAGAGUCUGAAGACCUGGCUAAGAACUUAAUAAAGUGUGGUGUAACUCCAAAAAGUAUGGCCAUAGUCAUCACUUACCAUCAGCAUUCUUCUCGCCAAAUUGCUGAAAAGAUAGAAAAAAUCCUGCAGCGUACCUGUGAAAAAGAAUGGAAAGAAGAGGAGGUAGCAUUUGGUAGCAAACAGCGUAUUGAAUUCUUCUCACGUCUGGACGAAGAUCAGGCGCAAAGUCUAAAGGAUCAAGGCAACAAAAAGUUUAAACAGGGCUCGUUUGACGAAGCAGUGAAACUUUACACUGAAGCAUUGAACUGUGUUCCUUACUGCUUAGAAGUGAACAAUGCUAGAAAAGAUGGAUCACGUUGGUGGGUUUUACCAGCCGUGUUGUACAGUAACCGUGCGCAGUGCCAUUUGAAUAACUCUGACUGGGAGAGUGCCUUGAAGGACUGUAACGAAGCAAUGGCAAGGUGCCUUGAAGACAACGAUGAGUCCGAAAAAAUACUUCUAAAAACUAUGUUCCGUCGCUCUAGAGCAUGGAUGGAAUUAGGCUAUCUCUUCAGAGCACUGAAUGAUAUUUCUCACUGUCUGAGAAACCAGACGCCCGGUGAAAGUAAUUUCCAGUCAUAUUACUGGGAGAUUAUGGUCAAGUACCGCAGUACAUGUGGCAUAGAACCUAUCCGUCGCUGUGGUAACUGUGUUGGUGGAGAAGGGGACAAGUUGAAAAGAUGUGGAAACUGUGACGAGGUCUACUGCAGCCGUGAGUGCCAAGUGUUUGCUUGGGAACUGGGUCAUAAGACUUAUUGCAAAAAGUGAGAAAAACGGAAAAAGAGACAGUAAGAUUUCCGGUAUACACUUGAAAUAGUAAUACCUCGAAACAACUAUCGUUGUUAACCACCGAAAAUUGUUCUUUGCGGCCGGAUAUAAGAUUUUUCGUGUUUAAAAAACUCAAAAAAGAUAUGUUUAAGUUUUAAGAUAAGGGAAAAGCAAAACAUUGAAAAAAUCUCACAGGACUAAGGAAUCUACACUAUCGCUGCUUGCUUUUACCGGUGAACUAAAAGAAGGUUAGUUCUUUUUAUUCGAGAAAACAAGAACUCCUGAGGUAAAUUUCAUGCGCAUGCUAGAAGCGCCUAUGAUGCGGCUUUUGAUAGAUGGGAGUAGAUAUGGCAACUAAAUGUCGGCCACUGUGACCUUUACCAGGCGUAUUGAUAGUAAACGGACGCAAAAAUAGCAUGGGGUGAAGGAGGGAGGUAGGUUUUUUUGGGUCGCGGAAGGAAUGCUUCUUUGUCGCGGUGUUUGUCGCUUUGUUAGUCGCGGUGACUAACAAUCUAGAUGGUGGGAACAUCUUUUUGCAUGGUACUACCUGGAAACGUUAUCUUUAUUUAGCGAAUAUGACUUUUCAUUUUCAUUUUGUUCAUUGCUUAAUUUGUUUGCUGUAAUUUUAAUUUAGUUAUGGAGUAUCCAAAGUCAUUGAUACGAUCAUUAGUCAAUAGGAUUUAUAUAAUAGGCUACAUUUUGAUUGCUUUUUACUUAUGAUAUUAGAGUACGGACGCAUAGAUGACGUCACCAUCGACACAUUUCGCUUCUAUACUAUAUAAGUGAAAUAGAUUCCAGGUUGCCGUGCUUCUGUUCAGUCAUAGAUCACUAAAGACGUUAACCCUUUAACCCCUAAGAGUGACUAGCAUCUAAUUUCUCCCUACAAUACAGCCCUUGAAACAAACAGUAAGGUCAUGAGAAUAGCGGAAAUGAUCACUAACUAAAGCGGCUACUGAUUAUUAAACAAAAUUCUCUUUGUCAACACCUUUGUAAAUGUUUAAUGAAUAGUAUGGAGAAUAUUGAUACUGAUGUUAGGGGGUAAAGGGUUAACAUGUUUUGAAACAUCAGUGAUACAUUCAGCUUCAUGUUACUUUGUUUUUUUUUCCUACCGCAUUUUGACGUCGUCCGUGAUCUGUUACUGAAAGACGGCACGGAAACAUGGCAUCUGUUUGUUACUGUUGAGAGUACUGCCAGCAACUGAACGGGACGUUGCUCUAAAAUGUGGUCGAUUCAUUUAGCAGUUCAGCAUUUGGCAUUUGGAUAUUGGGCGUCGUCUGUCCAUAUUUCCUGAUAAUUUCAGUUUUUUUUUUACGUUUGUGUUUGUAAAUAUAUAUAGCCAUGGAUAUGUAACUAAAAACGUCAUCUCCUAAA